AUGGACUCCCCCGGGAACGCUCCUGAGCACGAGUUCCUUCCCGGAAGCGAUGAUUGCUCUCCAGAAGAGCCACUGCACAAAUCCCGCUUUUCAAGCCCUCACGCCGCCGGGGAACCAGGACCUGCAGUCUCUACCCACACGGAAGGGGGUUUUGACAGUGAGGAACUAGAGUAUUUCCGAUCCCUCCCGGAACAAGCCCUGAAAGCAAUCUACCCAGACGGAAUCCGACCACCAGCGAACCUUGGCCCACACGCGCCUUUCGAUAGAUACGACAAGUUUCAUCAAGCACUUCUCAAUCUUGCAGCUGGAGUAAGCUUACGCGAUGUCAUCCGCUUUUACCACUUCGAUAUCGACGCGAAACAGUUCGUCAGGCACAUGGCUAUCUUCUGUGUCAAGUCUCUCGGCUACACCAACCAUGACCUCUACCGACUUGAUGUACAUCUCUCUGAACUAGGCUAUGCUGAUGAUGACGAUGCGACAAGCAUGUCGCAGUGCCCGAGUGGAGAAGCAUUUGGCGAUCUGUUUGAGGACCAACACGAUAAUGAGCAAGGGGAUGUAGUCGAACUCGAAGGCACUACAGACCAACAAUCACAAACUGGGGACAGCGAGCAGAGUCAACUCAUACCCGAUAUUUCCCAAAUAGUCGAACCAGCUGGAACCUCCUCGUCCAAGACUGAUCCUUCAAACGAACGACUUCAGGAACACAAGCCGCUCAGCACCCGCGCCCGCGUAGGGAGAGUCGCUUUAUCGACUUUCUUCAAGUUCGUGCUCGCCGCCUUGGGAUACGCUGUUCCAAUCAUGAUCAUCUGCUUUUCCUACGAGACACUGGUGCGCCCUCAUCUUGCGUCUUCCACAAAUGCGGCCGGAUGGGUUAAAGUCUGA